ACCGAAUCCCUCCUUCCAACGCAUCAUUCCCCAUAAUCGUCAUAAGCUCCUACGAGCGCAUAUUGCAAUCCAACCUCAAUAAACGACACAACUUCGACUGCUAAAUUUAAAUUGGGAGGUUCUAUUUGGGUGCUCACUGGGAGCUUGCAUUGGCUCUUGGCCCGCUCUAACCCUUCCGAACAAAAUACUCACUCAGCCAGCAACGGCCACCUCGGAUCACUCAACCAUCGAGAUCCAUCAACAUGUCUCGUGGCGGCGGAACAACCCUCUACGUGACAGGCUUCGGCCACGGAACCAGGGCUAGAGACCUUGCGUACGAGUUCGAACGCUAUGGGCGUCUCGUCCGGUGUGACAUUCCAGCUCCUCGAACUGCAGCAAGCCGCCUCAGGUUUGCCUUUGUCGAGUAUGAGAGUCGCCGUGAUGCCGAUGACGCUUAUCAUGGGCUGCACAAUAAGCGCAUUGGACGGGAUGAUUUACUGAAGAUUGAGUGGGCCCGUACUCCACCUUCUGCUUCCUGGCGCUUUGAUACUGGCAGGGAUCGUGAGCGUGCUCCAGGUGGACGUCGCUCCCCUCGCCGCCGCUCUCCGUCCCCUCGCCGUGGCCGCGACUACUCUCCUAACAAGGAUGAUAGGCGUGAUUAUGACCGCCGUGGGGAUAGAUCCCGCAGCCCUGAUGAUAGGGAUAGAGAGAUGAAGGAUGAACGUGAUGACAUCCGUGAGAAUGGCACUAACGGUAACGACAGAAAUGCGGCCACAGAGUCUCCUCCCCCAGUCCACGAUGAUCUGGACACUGCAGAGUAAUUACUGGUGGUUUCCUAAACAGUCUGUAUUCGGUGCCAGAGAAUAAGUGGUGGCGCUUUUCUCAAAAUGGUUCUAUAGCAUAUGGUUUAACUCAAAUUCGUAAUACAAUGCAAAUUAUGAAUAAUCCCAAC